AUGGCGGCGGGCUCACCUGGAAGAGCCAGCUCAAGCUCCGGUCGAUUCAGAAACGCUAUGAGGCAGAAAUCAAGGGAAUAUAAAGAUUUUAGUGAUAGCGAUGAUGAUGAGAUAUUUGAUGGAGAAAAAUUGAAGAUCAGAUUGUUAUCAAUGUGGAAUAACAUGCGACAUGGUUAGUUAAACUGUUGGUCAUCUCUUUCACGCUUUCAGCUGACGGAUGAGAGAUGUGUUUUAUUCUUCCCCUGGAUCUACUUACCCCUUUGUUUAUAAGACAAUUAAUGUAUCAUUAUGGCCUUGAGGCAACGGGAGAAAAUGUAGAACCAGACUGAACUGUGACAAAUGCAUGUCUGUUGAUGAUCGAUUUUAGUCUUCAGUUCAGAAAAAACUUACGCUUAAUCUUCAGCAUCUGACAGUACACUUUGUCACAAACAAAUUACACCCACCUACACACCUUUAUGUUAUUGCAUUAAAAAUUACCUGACGAAGGAAAUCUGCCCAAAAAGUUACUCAUGUACAGAUUUGAAUAAUUUGUAUAAUGUUAAGAAAAUUCUUUCUUUGUUUAUAUUGAAGAGGCCCUCUUAUAAGGGGGGGGGAAGGGGAAUGUAUGUCCCGAGACUGAAUUUCAAAUAUGGUCGUUUCAUGUAAUGAGGAGUAAAUCAAGUCCCAGUCGGCAUUUAAUGCAUUGUUAUGUUGUUUGUUGCCAUUUCAUCUUGUCUUAUGGAACUGUUUCAAGGUCAUGUCACUUGUCAGAAUUUUACCCUAACAGGGCCUCAUUCAAUUCAUACACUAGAGCUUUGUAUUUAGUAAUAGAAAACGUUUUCUGCCUUUACAUAGCCUGAUUUAAACACCAGAGAGGUUAGGAGAAUUUGCGACAGUUAUGGUCUUGGGUUUGCAUAACUGUCGUGAAUUCUCCCAACCCCUCAAGUGUUUAUAUCAGGCUAUGCAAACACAGGAAAAAAACUUUCUAUUGCUUUUAUAAAAUAACUUUCCCAAGAAAAAAUGCAAAAUUCUUUGUUAUGGUACUGAUUAAAAGAGAAAUUCUUACCAGUCACAAAGUCUUGUACACGAAGUCUUGCAUGCAUAAUCAGUUCUUGUUUUGCAAAAAGAUGCUUUCCAAAAUACGGAUUUUUCCCACCUAAAAUGUCACCUUAAGCAAAAAAAAAAUUGACACACCUUGUUUGUAACGAUUUUCCAAGUUUCAGCUGACGAAGGAAUGGGUAAAUAAAGUAAACUUGUCAAGUUUUGAACUCAAUUAGCGAGACAGUUAGCGCACGAAAAGCAAAACAUCUUGAUGCCACAACCAUGUUUACAUACUCUCACGCAAACACUCCUCUCGGCCAAUCAGUACUAUCUUAGUUAUUCUAUAAAUUGUAAUGUCUUGCCUUGCAGGUUUUGUUGUGCCCUUGAAGGCUCACUUUAGAGAGGAUUCACCCAUAUGGCUUCUUGGCAGAUGUUAUCACGCAAGGAAUCAUGGUUGGUAGUAGUGGGGGACUGUAUGUCAUAGUCAUCUUACAUUUUGCAUAGCAUAAGUUCAUGGCAUAAUAAAGAUCUGUUAUGGUUCAAUUUUUAUCCUGGAUUAAAAUUUAUUACAUUGCCUUAUACUAGUUAUUAUACAUGUACAUUACCAUACCCAAGAACUUAAGGAAGAUAAAAUCUGAAAAAAGGAUAAAUUUGAACCAUAACUAACAUUCACAACAGUACAAAUAAAGUAUAUCAUUGUUUAAGACACACCCACCACUGGCAAGAUCCUGGUACCUUUUAGGGGUGCUUUUUUGGAAUUUUUCAACAAGCAGCUUCCCAGUUUUAAGAAGGUACCCCACCCUCCCACCCUUCUGCCCCUCCCCCCUCUCAAUACAGGCAUAUAAAAAUGUACAAUGAAUCUUUAUUCACUAUAGAAUUCAGUGGGGUACAGUCAACAGAAAAAUGCAAGGUUUUAAGUAUGGAUGAGUUUCAGAGAGACUAUCAUUCCUUAAUCUGGUUGACGUACCGGCGAGAAAUCCCACAACUUGGGGAUUCUGCUUUAACCACAGACUGUGGCUGGGGAUGUAUGCUACGCAGCGGACAAAUGAUGGUUGCAACUGGGCUAGUUUACCACUUUCUCAAAAGAGGUAAUAGCAGGUUUAAUUUUUGCCAAUGUCUUGUCAUAACGUAGGACCAUUUCCAGGGUGCAAAGACAAUCAUUUUUACAGCUUCCCAUUCGGGUAAGCUCAAGUUAGCAUUUACUAGCCCAGACGUUAUUUCAACCAGCCCCAAAAACGUUUUGUUCUUCUGUUAUUCAAAUUCCUCAUAAAACAUCACUUGCCCGUCGGGCAAGCUAAAAACAAAAUUCACUAGCCCGAUAGCAAAAUCCACUAGCCCCAGGCUAUCGGACAGUACUUUCUUUGCACGCUGAUUUCUCAGAUAAUUUCAGUGAAAGUGGUCUUAUUAUUAUUAUUAUUAUUAUUAUUAUUAUUAUUAUUAUUAUUAUUAUUAUUGAAAGCAAAUUAAAUUUUUGUUUACUACACAAAAAUAUUGAAAACACUUGUUGGUAAGGUUUGUUUAAAACUUUCACUCCUAAUAUUGGCCAAGGUGAAAAAUUAAUGUACCAUUAACUUGCACUUACAAAUAGAAAUUUCUUUUAUUCACAGAUUGGAGAAAAACUGGAAGAUGCCACAGCAGAGAACAAGAACAUUUUUACAGAACAGUAAGUGAGGACUAAGUAUACAGAGGUCUAUUGCUGAUUUACCAAGGAUGCAGACGCUUUGAGAGGAUUAAGGGCUAAAGCUGAUUUGGAUCCUAAGAAUGUCAGCUUAACAAGAGCAAAGAGUUUGAACUAGAGACAUUGCUUCUGUUGGUGUGUGACAGGAGAAUUUUACGUGAUCAUCCAGCUCAAAUUUGUUGUCAUAAUCCAUAUUGACUAAUUAACUCAGCUAAGAAAAUUUGUAAAACACUAAUAACAUCAGGAAGUCUCUGGGGUUAAAAUUAGAUCUUUUCCUCACAGGUUAUUGUUUUAUUAACUGGUUAAUCUUUCCCCUCUCCAUCAUGGUGGUAGUGAGAGUAAUGAAAUUUCAGCUAUUUUUUAAAAGAAAGCUUGAUGAAAACUUCACCAAGGACUAUCAGUUUCGUCAUGAUCACCACUAACAAUAUGACAGCAUAAUGCACAUCUUCAUCUUCCCCCUGAGGUAGGACUCCAGUCCAACCAGGGGAAUACGUUGGGACAAAACAAGCCCUUGGGAUGGGAAAGUUGAUGACAUUGUUUUAACUUCAAAGAUAAGGAGCCAGGGAGUUCAAAAUCUUGUGGUCUUUAUUAACAGUCGUGUGUGACAAAUUGCACCAGCUACGGUUGUGUAUCAUGAAGACUUUUAUAAAAUUAUAAGUCCCCUCAGUCAAAUAAAUCCCAUUUAUAUGAGGAAGAUUUUGGGGGGGAUUUUUCAUUGAGAAGAACUUGAACCAGGGGACUUUGUCUUGUUAAAUUCCUCCACCCCUGCGGCAAAUCAUUAACUUGCUCCAUCCAUUUUACAAUGCCCUUCUAAUAUCCUACCCAUGGGGAAAGCUGAUUACAUGUGCCUAGUUUAUUAACCUAUGGUAUCAUCCCUUUAAUAUGAAGAUUCUUAGAUUCUUUGGAGAUUUGGAAGAUGAGGAGCUCAGUCCAUUCUCUCUCCCUCGCCUUGUUUCAAUUGGUAAACAAACUGGGAAGCAGGCUGGAGACUGGUAUGGACCUGCCUCAGUUGCUCAUAUUCUCAGGUAAGACAAGUCUGCAGUCUUUAGCUACAUCUUAUAAUGAAAUUAUUACAAUCAGAACUUCCUUUGUGGUUGCCUUCUUAUAAUGGAUACCUCCCAUAACCAGAAAAGCAGAUACCUUCCAUCAGUCGACACCCCUCCCUGCCAUCAAUUAACAUCUCUUAUUAAAUGACACCUACCAUUAAAGGACACCAAACUGCAGCCUCAGUAAUUUCUGGCUUCUAUUCGUGUUUAAAGGUUAUCCAACCUCCCAUAAGUGGACAACUUACAUGUUCGCAUGAUCCAUAAAGAUAUUACUCUUGGAGGCACUGAUCAUUGAAAAUAUUCAGUCUUUCUGUCCCAAGCAAAUACUGACAUUAGUAGUUUUCUCUCUUUUUUUCUUUUUCAUCCUUGAAAGACUUGCAAUGGCCGGUGGAACACAUCCACUUCUCCACGAUGUAAAUAUUUAUGUAGCUCAAGACUGUACAGGUUGGUUCUUUAUGGAAAAUCUCCUCUCAAAAAAACUAUUACAAAGUAUAAUUUAAUAAGCAGUUAGUGAGGUUAAUAAACUAUUCUUUUAUUCGGAGAGGCUGGCACUUACACUGUAGCACUUUAAACACUUUAAUUCCAAGAUCCACAUACAAAUUUCCCACACAUUUCCUUUAACAACUAGUAAUAACCAAAGGUUACGGAGUGCGGGCGACAACGAUCAAAGGUCAAAACACUUUUGCUCCAUCGCUGCGCUUUGCAUAAGUUUCAUGUGACAGAUAGUCAAAACACGCGUGAUCAGAUUACGAGUGAUAGAAGGUCCAAAUGCGAGUGAUCAAAUUGCAUUCUGUGCAUUCCAUUCAUUCUUACUGGAAGUCCAAAUGAAGGGUGUAUAUGUACAUGCGACACAUGCGUAAUAAUGACCAGGAGAUUAGGGUUGCGUGCUCCUCUUGUCUCCCGCAAUAAUACAUGUAGUUGAGAGAAUAUUUUUGAAAGAUCAAAGAAUUUCCCCUAAGUGAUCAUUUUAUUAAUUCUCAUAACUUUUUUUAUUGAUUAUCUAUUGGUAUUGCAGGAGAAAAUUGAUGUUGGUCACAUUUAGGACUUGAAGGGUUAAGAACUGAUAAACCUGUAACCCUUAGUCAGGGCUUCUGAUAUUUCGCGCGGUCGCGGACCCGCGAAAUUCAGGUAUUUCCGCGAAAUCCCGCGAAAUUCCCCCCAAAACGCGAAAUACCGCGAAAUUCGCCAGAAAUAUUUCCAAAUACAUGUCGGCAAAACUUAUUUAAUACUUAUCUUGGCUAUUAGACCUGUUUUAUUCACCCUAAACGUCCAAAUUUAUCUUGAAACUUCGUCACUGCGACGAGUAAACAGCGUCCCAAAACUACCAGGCGUUUUAAGAUGAACGUUGUGAAAAACUGGGCACUAACCAUAAUGUUAAUAGCUUUAGCAUUCGCUCAUUUCUCGAGCGCACUGUUGUUGAAAGAGCGAAUGAUUAUCCCAGUUAAAAAACCGUUAAACAACGCUGGUCAUAUCGACGCAAAAUUGAUUGAUUUUAGCGAAAUUUGCCAAAAAAAUCCAACAAAAUCAGCUGUUUUUUACUGAUUGUUUCUUGGCAAAGUUUCCCCCCGAAAUUUCCCGUGAAAUCAACCGAUUUUUGUAAGAGUUUGCCCCUGAACAUCCUUCGAAAUUUGACUUUUUUCUGCUGAAAUCCCGCGAAAUUGGCUGAUUUUUCUGCGAAUUUUGACUUUUCUCCCGCGAAAAUCCCGCGAAAUCGGCCGAUUUUUCCGCGAAUUUGCCCCUGAAAAUGACCCGCAAAAUUUUGCUUUUUUUUCCGCGAAAUAUCAGAAGCCCUGCUUAGUGUCUUAAAUUAAAGGAGCUGUGUCACGACGCCAAAUUAGGAAAUUACAAGAUGCCCGUUAAAUUAAGAGAAACAUAAAAAUAACUGCUUAAAACGUUAAAGGAAGGUUAAAAUAACAUAACAGAAACAACAGAUGCCACAGAUGGGCAAAACUGAAGAAGACUGAAAUGAAUUGAAAUUAGAGUUUUUGAAAACUGUUCAGCCUAACAGUUUUUUAAAGUUGAUCCCUGCAGCUUGCAACUUCUAAUAUAAUGCUCAGGAGACAUACUUGUUUGUCUCAGAUCUCCGAUUUUGUCAUUUACAUGUAAUUUCUUUGCUUACUUUAAGUUCCAUAAUGAUUGAGAGCAAGUAAUUGGCAAAAUUAAACAAAAUGAACUGGACUGCCGUGACACAGCCCCUUUAAUUGGAGACGCUUUCCAAAUCAAAUUGGUUGUGUUAUCAGAUGUGUUGGUUUUUAAGGAGGGAGAAAAACCAGAGUACUUGGAGAAAAAUCUCUUCAAGCAGAGAAGAGACUCAACAGUAAACUCAAUGCACAUAUGACAUCCCUCCAGGACUCAAACCCAGGCCAGAUAAUGGAGGAAUUAAUGAAUUCUCUUAACACUACAACUUCACUGCUCACCAAAACAGUAUUCUUCCGAGUUUCCAUCCCUGUAUUAUGUAACUAGAGCACUCUCAUUUCACAGUGUAUACAGAUGAGGUGGAACGUCUAUGUACAAGCUGCAGAACGCAUAACUGGAAUUGCUCUGGUGGUAAAUGGCAGUCUGUUAUAAUAUUAGUUCCUGUGCGGCUUGGAGGAGAAGCUCUAAAUCCUAUUUAUAUACCCUGUGUUCAGGUAGGAGAACCCAUUUUACAUGUUGUUUCCUUAAAGGCUGCAACUGUUUGUUGUUUUUAUUUAAAAGUCAUGUUUUCAGUUUCAAUCUAACAGAAAUCCAGUUUUAAGGUUUCCAUUCCUGUUUCUGUUUCAGUUAUUUUCCUCUUUUUAUGAUUGGCUAAAUCUGUUUUUGUUAAAAAGUGAAGUGGCUCUUCAGCUCCCAUAUGCUUUUCUGUGUCUGGUGUGGCUGUGUUUCUCAAUAUUAUUAAUUUGAGUUAAUGUGCAAUUUCCUCAGACUGAAGUUUGAAAACUUACUGAUAUUUUUGUCACCAAAGUAUGCAACUUUUUUUAUUGUUAAAGAAGUCAUGCGCUGAUCUUAAGCAUUUUUUCAUACACAUGGUUAUAAUUCCUCCAGUCUUGUUUUAUGUCCAAUCAUUAAAAUAAUGAUGAUGUAUUUCCUCAGGCUCUUUUAACAUUAGAUCAUUGUAUUGGAAUCAUUGGUGGCCGCCCAAGACAUUCUCUUUAUUUUGUUGGUUUCCAAGGUAAUUUUAAGAAGUUAGAAGAAGAAGAAGUUUUCAAAUUUGGAAUCUUUUGAAAACUUUUCUCUUUGUCCACUAUUUUGAGCAAAAGAAUCUUUUUUCUUCAACAGAUGAUAAAAUGGUUUGUUUAGAUCCGCAUUAUUGUCAAUCUGCAGUGGACAUGUCAAGUAAUAGUUUUCCCACAGAGGUAAUUAUAUUUUGUAUAAAAACCAGACCAAAAUUGGGUGAGGCAGAGUGGGAUACAUGUAGUGCUUAACCCUUUGAGUCCCAAUAUCCACAUACAAAUUCUCCAAACUGGUCUUCAUACAUUCAUUAAAGAAUGAGUUGAGAGAAUUUGGUAAAAGAUCAAGGUAUUUUCUCUUUGGUGAUCAUUUUUAUCAAUUCUCAUAACCUUAUCUCUUAACAAUAUAUGGAUAGUGUUAGGAGAAUAUUGAUGUUGGACACCAUUGGGACUUAAAAGGUUAAUUUUUUCUCAGUAGACUCUAGUGCAACCCUCCAUGCUGGCCAUGCUUGUAAAUUACCUGUGGGUAGUUGGUUCAAAUGUUUGCUUCUGUCCUUAUUUUUGGGUAAUUGUUUUACCCCCCAAAAGUUUUUUCCUUCCCUGUGGUCAUAAAAUCGGUAAUAGUCCUGAGGGCUAAUCCUACAUAUGGGCUACAAAGGUAUUUGCCACUAUAGGAUGUGUGUUGUUUAGGGUGUCUAUCCUUUAUUAGGAUAUCAUUCUUUUCCUCGUUAGGACUGUGUUCUCGAUGUGAUUGUUAGAUAGGGUACCAAAAUUCUAUCAGCUAAAAUUCGAGAGCAGUAUAGGGAGGUACUUACAUGUGUUAGUACGCCAGUGAUUUCUGUUUUGUUAAUUUUUGCUUGUUUGUUUUUUCUGGCCAGUCAUUUCACAGUUUUCAGCCCCGCACCAUGUCAUUCAAAAAGAUGGAUCCCUCAUGUACUAUAGGAUUUUAUUGUGAAACUAAAGCUGAAUUCGAGAAGUUUCGUCAGCAAACAACAGAAGUAAGCUCUGUCAACAAGCAUUAUUAUCCCAAACAGGACACUGACUUUUUUAUAAAAAAUAUUCUUCAACACCACCAAUUUGUUGAAAGUUUAGCAGAGCUUUCCAAACCGAUCUGGAUCCCUUCACCAGUGGUGACGUUUGCUGUGAUCAGGGCUACAACCUUCCCCCAAUUUAUGGAACAAUUUUGCAGCCUAAUCAAAACAAAAUCUCCGCUCUGUCACUACCUUUUUUCCAUUUCCAUCAAGUUUCAAAUUUCCCAGUUCCCCAUCACGACGCACUGAUCAGCCUGUAUAUUGACAAGUGACCAUUGGAUGAUCCUCUUGCUGUGAUACAAACAAACUCUGCUCUUUGUUUCAUGGCCCUUGACAAUGACUCUGUCCUUCAUGACCACAGAAUAAAAUUGUUCUUGAAAUCGGCUGAAUCGAGAAUUGGAACAAGAAGCUCCAAGAACUUGAUCUUGAACUCCUUCGACGGGAUCCCUAGGGUGGGCCAAUUUUCCUUGUUGGAGUGCGGGAAAUUUUUGCUUGUGGAAUCCGGAGUCCUGGUAACGAUUGGAAUCUCAAUCCAAGUUCCACUGACAGAGAAUCCCGAAUCUAGUACAUUAAUGUAUAAAAAGAGAACUCUCGCCUAGGCAAGACACUCACUUACAACCAGACACCUUCGACAAGUGAUGUUCAGUUUUUGCUCUUGAGUUUUCCUGUAGCCUGCAAGCAGACUCACUUGUGUGAGUUCGGGGAAAAGUUUUGGCGGCAGAGCGGCCAUCACGUGAGGAGAAUGGCCCAAGAUGCCGGCUCCGCCGCCCAAAUAAUUUUCCCCAAAUUUACACAAGUUAGCCUGCUCGCAGGCUAAUUUUUCUGUUGACAGACAGUUUUAGAGUAGAAGUAUUGUUGUUUUGUUACUUAGGUAUUACGGCCGCCAAUGCAGCGGGGAGACUAUCCAAUGUUUAUAUUUGCAUCACACCCUAAACCGCCGGCCCCUGACAGCAUGAUACGCAGUGCAGACCUGUCUGAGAGCCUCUUAGAGAGCACAGGGCCUGGACAUGAACUCGAGAAAUCACAAGGAAAUGCUCCAAGUGUAGAUGGGGCAGUAAGCUGUUCACCACCUCCAGAGGAAUACGUUGUUCUUUAGCAAACCUUGGGUGAAUUAACAGCACAGUAGCCCAUUUGCUGUACGAGUGUUAAGUCAAUAUAGUUUUGAAAUCUGGGAUUUAUAAAUUUCCUAUUUUGGGGGCAUCUGUACAUACCUAUGGAAAGUAAUUAUAACACAGGUGGCCCAAGUUCGAGAUGUGACCAUUGGUACUGUUGCGUAAUGUUCAAAAUUUAAGGCUUUAUAUGAGAGAGAAAACAGUUGUUUCUGUAGCCUAUGAAAUAUGUGAAAGGAUUUAAACAAAUAUUGGAUUUAAACAAAAAAAGUUGUGUAACAGGGAGAAAAAACACACAACUUAAGUGAGGUUAGCCAAUUUUUAUUUAAAUGCUUUUACAUUAGUAGGCUACAGAAACAAUAAAUUGUUUUUUCUCCCAAACAAAUCCUUAUAUUUUUUAACCCUAAGCAACAGUGCCAAAAGUCAUAUUUCAAGUUUGGGCCACCUGUGAUUACAGCAAUUUUUAUUUAUACAAAUGAUUUGAAAGGAGGUGACAUUGAUGGUUUCAGAGCCUGUAUUUUGAAACCCUUGAGUGGUUUUACUUACACAGGUCAGGUUCAAUAGGAAUUAGUAGAUGUACAGCAGUAAUUUUUACUGACUCAUUAAUUCAAUCUUUCAAUCACUCAAAUGGAAGCUGCUGAGCAGUUCGUUUUCCAUAUUUUCUCUUAGUUAUUUUGUAAGUGAAGUGUUACAUGUAAUUUGUGAAAUACCUCAGUUUUUUAAAAAACAUUCAGAGUUAUCAGGCAAAGAUUAAAAAUUUAUUGUUUACAUGUAAAUAGAACAAUAAUUAUGUUGAAGUCCUUGACGUCAGAGAAAAGAAUUUUAUUUGCUAUUAAAACAUUAUGGUAAACAAUGCCGCAUCUUUUUCUUGUCAAGAAAUAGUGUUUACAAAGUAUAAUAAUCGAAAAAGACGAACAUUAUUGAGCCAUAAAAUAUUGAAUAAACAACCAUUGUUAACACUAUGGACU